AUGAACUCGGGACGCCAGCCGCGGACACCCUUCAGCAUCGCAGACAUUCUAGGCCCACGCAUGGUCCCUCGAGAACCCUCUGCGCCACAGUUUCCUGAGUCGCGUCCGGAUCCCGACCCCACGUCGCCCCUGUGGGCACUGGAGGAGCUGACUAGUAAAACUUUUCUCGGACUUGACGCGCGGCGCGCUCCGCAGCUUUCUGAAGACAGGGCGGCCCCAGAAGCACUGGGUCCUAGCCCGGCUGGCCGAAGACGGCGCAAGUCACGCACAGCAUUCACAGCGCAGCAGGUGCUGGAGCUGGAGCGGCAAUUUGUCUUCCAGAAGUACUUGGCACCGUCAGAGCGUGACGGACUAGCAGCGCGACUAGGUCUGGCCAACGCACAGGUGGUCACUUGGUUCCAGAACCGCCGUGCCAAGUUCAAACGCGACGUGGAGGAGAUGCGAGCAGACGUGGCCUCGCUACAUGCGUUGUCACCGGGAGUCCUGUGCCACUUAGCGCUGAGAGAAGGUAUUCCAAGCCCUGGCCCCAGCCCCAGUGGGCCUACUUCUGGGUCCAACCUAUCAGACGAAGAGAUACAGGUUGACGAUUGAAGGCAAAGCCGCUGCCAGCCCUGGGCUCUGGGGCCCUGGACUCCUUGCCUCCGUGCUCUGUGCCUUGUCCCGGUUGCGGUUGUGGGGUGGAGGGAAGGAAGGCCGCCCAGAUCUGUUCUGGCCCAAGGUCCAGACGCCCGCCUUUCCUAAUUGUUGAGAAUAAAGUUGAUGCUGUGCUGUAAGAGGCUUCAAUCCGGGA